UGUUCACAAAGAUUGUCCUUGAUUCUGAGCAAACCCGCCCCACUCUUGACAUCACCACGUGUAUAAAGACCUGCUAGGACCUUAAACCCGGCUUAUCACCGCACUUUAUCGCGCACUUUUUGACCCAAAGACCGGUAUAUCCGUUGCUGGUAAUGAUCUACAUGUUGUUCGCGUCUUCCAUCAUUCCAUGAUAUCACCACCAUACCACCUUUAUAUACCAUCCAUCUCUGCCCCAAUUCAUCCUCGGUAAUCAUCAAAUCGAAACAACAAUCAAAAUGGCGACAAUUCUCUACAAUCAACUCUUCGUCACCCCCUCUCUCCCACCCCCUCCCUUACCCUUCUACAACCGCACCGUCAUCAUAACCGGCGCCAACACCGGUCUCGGCCUAGCAGCAGCCCAUCACAUCGCCUCCGGCCCCAUAGGCAAACUCAUCCUCGCCGUCCGCAACCUCUCCGCUGGUGAAUCUGCCCGUGCCGAGAUCCUCAAUGCCCAUCCCACCUGCGACCCUCAAACCAUCGAAGUCUGGCCCCUAGAUUUGGCCUCCUACGACUCCGUCCGCGCGUUUGCUACGCGCGCAACGACUACGCUCGACCGUCUUGAUAUCCUUCUCUGCAACGCGGGUCUCGCGACGUUUCAGUAUUCCAAGGCAGAAGGUCAUGAGCGCACGAUCACGGUCAAUGUCAUUUCGACGUUUCUGUUAGCGGUGCUACUGGUACCGAAGUUGAGGGAGACGAGGAGGCUAUGUCAACAGAAGGGGGAAGAAGGACACACUCCUGUGUUGUCGAUAGUGGCGAGCGAGGUCCAUGCAUUCACGAAAUUUCCCGAGAGGAAUGCGCCCGCAGAGAAAGGGGUGAGUGUGUUUGAGGCGCUGGAUGAGCCGGAUCGGUACUAUGGGACGAUGGCAGAGCGGUACCGCACGUCGAAGUUAUUGGAUGUGUUGCUGACGAGGGAGUUGGCGGAUCGUAUCGGGGAUGACGAUAUCGUGGUGAAUUGUCUGAAUCCGGGACUUUGUCAGUCGCAGUUAUCCAGGGAGAUGGAUAAUGUGGUCGUUAGGAUUGUAUUGCGGUUGUUGGGGAGGACGUUGGAGGUGGGGAGCAGGACGUUGGUGGCGGCUGCAGCAGCGGGAAGGGAAAGUCAUGGACAGUAUAUGUCGAAUGGAGUGGUGUGUCCGCGAGAAUUAUCGUCGUUUGUGACGAGUGAGGAGGGGAAGAGGACGCAGAAAAGGGUGUGGGACGAGUCGAGUGAUAUGUUGGAGGAGAUUCAGCCGGGGAUUAUGCGGGGGGUGGUAUAGUUGUUGUGUGUACGAUUAGGACUGGAAUGUUUGUAUUUGUAUACUUAUAGUGACCGACUCCACUUAAUGAUAAUCUAAU